UGAGUGAGAAUGUGCACAUUGGGUUUGUUUCAGUUUCAGUGUUGGGCGUCGUUGCCCUAAACCCACUAGUUGCAAGUAGCAUCGUGGCGGAGAUUCCAAGGUGGAGCUCUGUAAAUUUUGAAUCUUUACCUGCUUGCUCCACCUGAGGCAGCCGAGGAGGGUAGUAGUGUUAUGUUUUUUUUCUGCUCAGUUAGGUGUGGAUCUGUAUUUGAGUGAAUUGGAUCUACAAACCUCUGGAAUGCUGGCAGAGAGCGGAGCGGAGCAUUUAUCUUGGGGGAUCCGGAGCUGGGCUUUGUUGGUCUUGUUUGUUCCAGGAGAGGCAGCGACGAUGGGAGAAAAUGCGGUUCCCAGCAAUAUGGCGGAGCUCUUGGUGGUGCGCCACGGUGAAACCAGCUGGAAUGUUUUGGGUCGACUCCAGGGGCAUGCGGAAUCGGAUCUCAAUGAAGCUGGCAAGAAGCAAGCCCAGGCAGCGGCUGAGAAGUUAGCAAGCAUGGGGCUAGAAUUUGCUGCCAUUUACUCUUCGGAUCUAAAAAGAGCUCUAGACACCGCCCAAGCUAUUGCGGACAAAUGUCAGUGCUCCAACGUCAUUGUUAGAGAGAAUCUUCGUGAGAGAUGUUUGGGGGAUCUGGAGGGUCUGACACGUUCUGAGGCGAGAACUGCAGCACCAGAGGCUUUAAAAGCGUUCAUGAAGAAUAAUGACUUCCUUCCAAUUCCUGGCGGAGGGGAGAGCUUGGAGCAGUUGUGUGUGCGUGUCCAAAAUGCUUUUGAACAAAUCGCUUCAGGAAGCCUAGGCAAAAGAGUUGUGGUGGUCACGCAUGGUGGAGUGUUGCGUACUGCCCAUAUUCUUGCAACAGGCCUGCCUUGCUCUGGGAAGGUUGUGAAUGCCUCCAUCAACGUUUUCCGCAUCUCUGAUGAGAAAGACUGGACGAUCACUUGUUGGGGUGCAGCCAGCCAUUUGCAGGAUAUUGGGUUCCUUGAUACAGGAUUUGGAGGAGACAAGCUCUCCGGGUAGGAUUUUUCCAUUCCUGGGUCAUAGUUUUGAUAAUAUUCUGUUAGGGUGUCUGAGUAGGCCAGUAUCGUCAUAUUCACCUAUGCACAAGGUAUUUAUAUUUGUUGUGUGGACCAUUUCUGCCUCUGAUAGGCAGUGAAGCCAAUGAGGCGUAUAAUCUAGUACAGCCGUGGCUGGUAUUGAUCAUUCAAACUGAAAUCUAGUAGCGUUUUGUUUUGUUGAUCAAUAAAAAAAAAUAUCUAUAUUUGAAUUAUAAA